AUACAUAUCCUAUCACUUGAGAGCACGUUGCCCAGCCAUCAACGGUUGCGCAUUCUUUUUUUGCGCAGAGUUUCUGAUACUUCUCGCCACUGUCAUCAAAAUGAGCGUUAGAAAUCGAACGAAAGGCCCAGCUGAGAAGGCCCUUUGCAUCGCUGCUCUCGCGGGCACGGGCGUUGCAAUCACGCUCGCACUUGCUCGGCGACAAGGUUGGCUACGCAACUUGUAUCGCAGUAAGCUAUACCGGCCUUCAGACUCAAAAUCCUGCAAGAACAAGGCCUGCGAGACGGAAGGCGGCAACAAGAGUGCUUCCGCAUCAAAUUGCGACACGACGAAGCAGGCAAAAUCGCUCGAUGAGCAGUUGAACAAGGCUUGUGCGCCCGCUGGCGCCACCACCACCGCCAGCCCCAGCGCUAGCGCCAGCAGCCCUGACAUCGGCAGCGACGGCGCCACCGGCUCAGCUGACACUCACCUGAGCGUCAGUACUGGCUCCCCUGCAUCCACAUCGGAGGCCUCCAGCGGCACCAGCGAGCUACAGGGCUCGGCGCCCAGUGUGUCGAAUGCUGAUGAGCAUGCACGCCCCUUCGACAUUAUGACUCACGAGGCCACAACUUCUUGUGAGCUGACGUCGGCCCCCGAGCAAGAGCCCAGCUUGGCCCGCUCCGACUCCUCCAAGAGCAGCUGCGGCUCCGCCAUCAACUCUGACCGCACCAGCCUCAGCAGCGAUGAGGAGCUCUCCGCCUCCCAGCAGCAGGACAGCACCGCUGGCAACGACGACUGUGCCUCUACCUCCACCCCCGCAGACGGCGUGUGCAGCAGCGAGAAGGUCAAGGCCUACCUCGCCAAGGACGGCCUCAAGCGCGCUGAAUUCAAGGGCGAUCUGGGGAAGGGCGGCUUCGGCAACGUCGAACUGGUGGCCAUCUCCCUGCCCGACGGCACUGUCCUGGAGGCUGCGCGCAAGGUCCUGCUGCAGCGCACGAACAGCAGCAUGGACGAGCUGUGCGACGCGUUGCAGCGGGAGCUGGAUGGACUGGCUGCCGCCGAGGGCUGCCAGUACGCGGUGCAGUGCCUGGGCUUCCGGAUGCCGACUGCGGAGGGCGAGCCGGCGGAGCUGCUGCUGAGCUAUGCCGAUGGCGGCUCCGUGGAAGAUUUCCUGACCAAAAUGGGCAGCGGGCUGUACCAGGACAUAUAUGAACGCAGCCGGCCCCGGCGCACCGGCAAGAACAAGGACAAGUACGAGCUGCUGCCGUACCCGGGCAGCACGCUGACGGACGAGGCCGACAUGCGGGGCAUGCUGCUGGCCAUGAUGCACACCAUCAAGCACAUGAACAGCCGCGGCUACGUGCAUUUCGACCUGAAGCCCGCCAACCUGCUGUUUGAUACAGCGCCGGAUGGCAGCAAGGUCUUCCGCGUGUGCGACUUCAAUUUCGCAACCAAGCUCGACAGCAACGGCCACGUCGGGAGCGCGCCUGGCGGCACGCGUGCCUUCUGCGCGUGGGAGGUGUACUGCCAGCUGCAGGGCGACACGCCCAAGUACCCCAUCACCAAGGCUGCCGACAUUGCCAGCGCCGGCCUGGUGCUGGCGGACGCCGCCGGGCUGCACUGCCUGGGCGGCGGCACCACAGCCUACCUGCGUAUGGAGCGCGACCUGCCCCGCCGCACGCCGCCGGCGCUCAAGGAGCUGAUUGAAUGGAUGGUGGCCGAGGACCCCGCCGCCCGCCCCACGCCAGACCAGGUCCUGGCGCACCGGUGGAUGACGGAGCAGUGAGGGCCUGAGGGAUAGAUGGUGAGGCAGCGGGCACGCACACACACAGCUGUGGCAAGGGGCGGGGCAUGGCUUCGCUGCGUGUUUGUUGUUUGUUGCUAUAGCAGCGUUUGCAUGCCGUGCGUGGCCAGCGCCGUGCAUGAUUGAAGGUGGAUAGGGGACUUGCGUAUUGCAUGUAGCGGUGGUUCAUUCAUUUUGGGACUGCGUGCAUGGACAUUCAAAGUAAGCAUAUGCUGCGACUGUGAUUUGCAUGUUGUUAUGCAUGACGGGAAGUCGGGAACAAAAGACAGGACCUGCUUGCUGCAACCGUUGGGUUUCCAUAUGUGCGCAUUGCAUUUGCGCCAA